UUUGCAUGCUAUACCCUUCGCAAUGCCAGCGUAUUAACCACUUUACGAAUUUCUCUGAGGCAGCUUUUAGAGGCGUUGAGCGUUUCAGACGCCUGAUUCUAAAACAACCUGUGAACAGUUCUGACUUGGUAAGUUUCACAUUUCACAUUAUACCACUCCGAGUGUUUACAUCUUAACGAUUCAAUUAUACAGAAAUUUCGAAAAAGAGGUGGAGUUUCCCUUAGGAGCCAAGUUAAAGCUGGUCAAAACUGUGUUUAUCCAACAUUGAUGAUUUCCUGACCGGAACAUAUUCAUUCUGUCACGCAAAAUAGACAGAAUUAGUGUUUUAUUUAAUUAUUUUUGGCAUUAUUUACAGAAAAGUCAUGUAAUUUACUGUUAAAAACUAAUAACCUGCUGAACGUGGAUAACAGCCUGGCAGUUGGCGUCAAAAUGGGGUUGGACUCUUAACCCAACUUAUACAUGCUUACUGAGAACUUCAUCAUCAUGGAUGCGCAUAAGACGGGGUUCGCCGGAAUGCGGGUGGAAAUAAAAACAAACACACCUCCGUGCGCCGGCAGAGGGACGCUUUACCAGAAUGGAUGCCCUGCUUUCUGUCUAUGAAUCACCACUGCACUUCUUUCUUGCUGCCCUCUGAGCAAAAUCAACAGCACGGUCAUGUCCCUCAUCCUCCUCACCAUCCUUAUCAUCACCACCCAACAUUUUCCAUUUCUGCAGCCCAAGCCAUCUCCUGUAAUCUUGUAUAGAGCCUGGAUGCAAAUCACUAAGAAACGUCCUCCAGCAGAUGAUUUGCAUGUACCCAAAUCAUAAAGAACUUCACUAGGGAUGCCAGAAGAGGGGUAUAAAUAUGUGUGCGUGCCGCCUAGGCAUCCAUGAUGUUUCCACGGGCUUUUUAAAAGCUCAUUCUAUGAUAUGACGAACAUGGUAUGACUGUUACUGGACUAGAAAGGCAGACUGACGUCCGGCAAAAACACAGUGGCCUGUAACCUGCAAAGUAUGAUGGAGACAGCAGAGUAUUCCAAGCGAGUGUAUCAAGGGGUCAGGGUCAAGCACACGGUCAAAGACCUGUUAGCAGAGAAGCGAUCGAGACAAACCAACGUACCAAGAUACAAUACAGGAGCUAGCACCUCCCAGCCAGCUUUUGUACAAAUGCCGGGGCCUCACAUGCUUCCUGGAUACUACAGCAUGCGAAGGUCUUUCCUGCCCGAUUCCGAGCUUUGCCAUCCGAUGAAGCAGUACUCUACAGACUCCUACUCCUCAGCUUUAGGGAGCAAGGCCUUUUCUUAUGACCACUCCUCCAGCUACCCCUCUUUCAUUGACAGCUACUACCAGCCCGAAUCAUUUGGAGACUACCGAGGCGCAACCGCGUAUACAGCUAGCGGAGGGUCGCUCUUUCCAUCAUCCACGCUGUCCACACUGCUGCCCUCUCUGUCUGGCGAGUCGUCCUCACAUCUGCUCUUGAGAGAUCCAUGGGACCAGUCUUCAGAAGACCACGUCAGUCAGCCAGAGGUUCUGUGCCCCGAGGCUUCGGCCCCAGUGGCAGACUCUCCUUCCCUGGGCGGCCAAGACUCAGGCGGGUCCUCACCGUAUCGCCUCUCCACGAGCCGCAGCAGUGCAUCCAUCCCCUCCAGCUCCCAGCCCUACACCCUGCAGACACUGGAGGACGUCCACUACCCAGCGACCUCCUACAGCUCUGCCUCCAGCUACUCCUGCCCGCCGUACAUGACUGUCCCAGGGGAUCUGGCCGUGGUCAAGAUGCUCCCCGUGUCUUCAGAAGAGGGCAGUGGCAGCGUGGCGUCACUCAGUGACACUACGGGUCAAGCGUGGGCUAAGGAUGAUGGAUCUGGCUCGUGGAUGUCUUAUGAGACAAGAAGGGCUUUUUAAGAGGCUCCAAUGCAUUUAUACAGACACUGAACUGGUGAAGCAAGCAGAACCUGAAAUAUGACACACAAAACUGGUGGAUUUUAGGCUGAAGUUUGUAAUAAGCUUAACAGCUUAAAGGAAUACUCCAGUCUUUUUUAGUCUAAUCCCUAUCUGCUGCAUAGAGUCAAUUGCCAGAAAAUCUGUUGGCUCAGAAUUAGGAGUGGUUAACAUGAAUUUAGCAUUAUCAUAAUAUUAGUACACUGACUAGCUGCAUGUUACAUUAACAAGGGAGCAUAAUUAGUCCUGUUUAAUUUAAUUUAGUACAGCACUGGAUGUAAAACAUUAAAUACGUAGAUUUAUAUGCACACAUUUGUGCACCUAACUUUUACAAAUGGCAUAUUUUGUUGAUUUUCUAAGUGAAAAUAAGUUGAGACAUACUCCAAAGUAGGGGUGCGGGAAAAAAUCGAUUCUUAGAUGCAUCGCGAUGCAGAC